AUGGACAAUAUUUGCCCUUUGAAUAUUAAACGUAAAUUUCAAUGCACAGUUGGGAAGAUUCUAGCAAAAAACAUUGAUAUGAAUUCAAGACAUUUUGAAGAUAAGGUAAAAGAAAUUGUAGAUAAAGUUGAAGAAGCAA